CUCCUUUUCAUUACAGACUAGAUGUGUUAAGAAAUUGUAUGUGGCAAUCGAUAAACUGUAAAACUCGGUCUGGGAUCCUAGUUACACAGGGUUGCUCAGGUGAUAAACGGUGUGCUGACAAACAAUUCUGUCAUACUCCCUGUCGAAACACAAUAAACACUCAUUUAUCUUCGACCCCCCGCGCUUCCUCCCUCCCAAACCGCCUUUUAGAAAGAGAAACCAAAAAAUUUCUCAUGCCGUUCUAGCAAAUUCCAUUCCCGAUCGAGCCAUCUCAGGCUCUGACCCGCCCCUGUGGUCUCCGUUGUCGCAGUCAAAACGGCCGAACCGCACGUGCUGCU